GGGCGAUGGAAAGCACGUGCUCCCUCAACCAAUAAACUCUCUCUCUCGCACACACGCUAAUGCACAUAUUCAUAUCCCUCCUCACUUCGUUUCUCCAAAGUCUUUCUCUCUCUAAAUGUUCCCUCUCUCUAAAACCGCCUAGUCUGUGGUGAUGUUGAUCCUCUCUGCGUCUCCUUCUUCCUCCACUCUCUCUUCUUCUUCUUCACACAUUUCUAGGCCUUUAAUUUCUUCCUCGUCUUCAUCUUCUGCUUCAUUUUCAACUUCACUUCCAGUAGUUGCAGUCAAAGCUGCUGCCAGGCUACUGUCAAUUCGGAAGUUACGGUGUGCAAUUUUCUGUGCUUCGAAGGUUCGUGGAAUGGCGGAAAUAGUUGAAGAGAAGAAGGAAUCGAAUUCAACUGCUGCUGCUGCCGCCGCCGUCGCAGUUUCUACUUCUGAGAAUCAUGAGCUUCCGCAGUCGCGUGCCUUCCUUGACGCUCGUACUGGAGAAGAUUUGCUAUCUGCUAUUCGGAAAGCAGUGGAAGAUGAAAAACUGCCGCUUAAUGUUGCUGAAGGGAUGGAGGAGUUGUAUCAUAACUAUCAGAAUGCAGUAAAAUAACUUUCUUCAGCCUUU